AAAUUGUUGACGUAUGAUCGCGCACAUGUUGUGCAUUUCGUACUGGGAAAGAAAUAGGUGCUGUAAAACAUGGAGUACAUCAACAAUGCUACGAAUGGGGCAAUUCCGUCGGCUUCCGGAGCGGUGAAUAAAAUCCUUUGCUGCGAAUGUGGUGUGCCGAUCGAACCGAACGCAUCGAAUAUGUGCGUUCCUUGCCUUCGUUCGCACGUCGACAUCACGGAAAACAUUCCGAAGCAGGCGGUCAUUUUCUUCUGUCGGAACUGCGAGCGCUACUUAAAUCCACCGAAUGAAUGGGUACAGUGCAGUCUGGAAUCGAAGGAACUGUUGAGCCUUUGCCUUAAGCGCUUGCAAGGUUUGCGACAAGUGAAACUGGUUGAUGCGGGUUUCGUUUGGACGGAGCCUCACUCGAAGCGCAUCAAGGUAAAGUUAACCGUACAUGGAGAGGUGAUGAGUGAUGUCGUCCUGCAGCAGGUAUUCGUGGUGGAGUUUACGGUGAAUAACCAGAUGUGUGAUGAUUGUCACCGAAUCGAGGCGAAGGACUUCUGGCGAUGUAUGGUUACGGUGCGUCAGAAAGCGGUUAACAGGAAGACGCUGUUCUACCUCGAGCAAAUGAUACUGAAGCAUAAGGCGCAUGAAAACACGCUUGGCAUCAAGCCAAACGCCGGUGGUUUAGAUUUCUUUUACGCGACCGAUGCCCACGCCAGAAAGAUGGUUGAUUUCUUGCAAGCAGUUCUUCCAGUAAAGGUGACCAACUCUAAAAAGCUCAUUUCGCACGAUAUACACAGCAAUUCGUACAACUACAAGUACUCGUACGCCAUCGAUAUCGUACCGGUGUCGAAGGGUAGUUUGGUGUGUUUGAGCAAGAAAUUAAUGCAACAGAUGGGUCACAUAGCGCCGAUCUGUUUGGUUUCCAAAGUGGCUAACUCGAUCCACCUUAUCGAUCCCCAAACGGCACAGAUGGCGGAAGUGCAGAAUAUGGCAUUUUGGAAGACGCCCUUUGAAGCAAUCUGCAAUCCUAAACAGAUGAUCGAAUUUGUCGUGAUGGAUGUGGAAAUCAUUCGGGAGAGCGAACGAAAAAUGUUUCCAGGCCAGGGUCCAGUAUCGCACCGUCACUCUUUGGCAGACGUUUGGGUGGUGAAGGCUUCCGAGCUGGGCAUUAACGAUAACACCAUUCACAUCAAGUCCCAUCUGGGAAAUUUGCUGAAACCGGGUGAUUCGGUGCUGGGAUAUGAUUUGCGAGAGGCAAACGUAAAUAAUUCCGAUUUUGAGAAGCUGAAUGCUGACCUUGUGCCCGAUGUGUUGUUGAUAAAAAAAUCGUAUGAUAAGACGGUACGCAAGCAGACUCGCAACUGGAAGCUGAAGCACCUGAACGAAGACGUGGCGGUCGACACGGAUAUCGAAAACGAGUACAAUGAGUUCCUAGAGGACCUGGAAGAGGAUCCGGAGCUGCGGCAAAAUGUGAACAUUUUUAAGGACAAAAACAAACAGAUACCGGUAGAUACGAACGAUAUGGACGAUCCGUCCGUACCACGGAUCACGCUUGAGGAAAUGUUGGACGAUUUAGUGCUGGAGGAUGAAGAAAUGGGCGAUGCUUGAGUGUGUAGGUAUGGCUGAUGGUAGGUGUUUACCAUAAAAAUUAAUUUGUCAUUCGAUUUAAAUAAAUGACAAUUUCAAUAUUGUUUCACUAUACCUCA